GCCGAGGCUUGAGCCAGAAGGUGACUUCUCUGGAGAGCACAAUGAAGGAAAGGGAGCAGGUGCUCAAAACAGGUCUGUCUGAGGUCACGGAGCAUGUCCAGCAGCUGGGGAAGCAGCUGAAGGCCCUGGCGUGCCAGCUGGACAGCCUCAAGACCAAUGGCUCGGCCGUGGCCUGCUGCCUCCCACCCUGGCUGCAGCAUGGAGGCAGCUGCUACUGGUUCUCCCAGGCUCAGAAGUCGUGGGCCGAGGCCGACAGGGCCUGCCAGCUGGAGAGCUCACACCUGGUGGUGGUCAACUCCCUGGACGAGCAGAAAUUUAUUGAGGCCCACAAGGGCCCUGUGGCCGCCUGGAUGGGCCUGACGGACCAGAAUGGGCCCUGGAGAUGGGUGGAUGGCACCGACUUCAACACGGGGUUCCAGAACUGGCGGCCACAGCAGCCUGAUAACUGGCACGGACACGGGCUGGGAGGGGGCGAGGACUGCGCCCACUUCUCUUACGACGAUGGUCGUUGGAAUGAUGAUGUGUGCCAGAGGCCCUACCACUGGGUGUGUGAGACAGAGCUGGGCAAAGGUAGCUGAGUCCCCUCCCGGCGACCUCAGUGCCGUAAGCCUCGGAGAGCUGGUCUUGGUCAGACCAAAUUCGGCAAUUCUCCUAGGACUUUAAAGGGCAAUAAAGGAAAGCAUCCGAGGUGUUUGAAAGA